GCGAAUUUUCAAAAUCAUCAUGCUGUCGUUUUUCAACUCCUUGAGGAUUUUUAAGGCAUUUUCGCGCUGUCUGCUCUUCCUUGUGAGCUACAGCAUGGGCGCCGAGACUCGAGUCCAGUGGCAAAAGUCUGGCGUGAUGGAGACGGUGCGGUCUUCGGUGCUGCUAAGCGCGCUGGCCUUUGUCCAGUUGAGCUUCAGCUGCGCCUACGUGGCUGAAACGAUGGUCUGGCUGACGGCCAGGAUGUUCGGACAGCACUGCAUGUUCCUCUAAGACGACGCCAGGUUCACCCUCCAGGGCACCGAUUUCGUCGAAAGCAUGACGGUGAUUGCGAUUUGCGGCUGGGCAGUUGCGAUGCUCACUCCUGAGUCCAUUUUCCAGAAGAUUGGCAACCAUUCCAUCUUGGGCCCUAUGAUCCACGUUUUGAACAAAAUCUUUUGGGUUCUGAACUGCGCCAUCGGUCUGCAGAUCGCUCUGACUUCUCGCAGCCUGUUCGCUCUCCUGGCCUUUUGCACUCAGAGGGCAAUCGCCUUCUCGUCGCUGCACCUGGAUAGCCCCAUUCUGCACCUGUUUGCCUUCUACGUGGCCAUCUUUCUGGGCAACCCCUUGCGACCCCUGGCUGUUUCCUCCCUGGUCAUGGAUAUAAACAACUUCCUUGGCAAAACCCACUAA